AUGGAGCCCAAAGAGCCAAAACGGCCAGUGGCACUGAGACCAGUGAGACAGCCUACGGCUCCGCCCGGUUACCAGGGCCCUUGCGAGACAGACGAUGUUGGAUCGAUGCUCGAGAAACUCUCACCGGAGAUCCUUGGUGAGAUCAUUGGAAGCUUGGACGACUUCGUGGAUCUUGGCUCGUUGUAUUCUUCCUCGCCGGUCGUCUUCCAGGCCUAUCUCAUCCACCGGAGAAGGAUUAUCAUGCGGAUUGUUCUCAGCCACGUCGAGCCGGAGAUCCUCAACGAAGCUCUCGCCAUAGUCUAUUUUCCGACCCUUGAAGCGGACGAGACUCCUUCUGAGAAGCAGCAGAAGAUAAUCAAUCACAUCAAAGACUACCAUGGCGGAAAUCUGAGGCCGCCAGAGCCUUGCCAGUUCGACAAGGUCAAGGCGCUGUGGAAACUGCAUACCUUGCUCGACUCGUUCAUCGAUGAUUUUGCCUACAGAGUGAAGAACAAAAGCUGGUCCAAUGCCCCAUACUGGUCCCAUCGUACUCUGCUGCCCCAGGCCAAGCCUGGGUCCCCUUUCCCCUUGUCGCCGACGGAGAAGAUCAGGUUCCGACGCGCGUUUGCCAGGUUCGAGCUGUUCGCCACCGCGUUUCCCUUCCGCUCCGGGCCCGAGCUCUUCUCUGCAAAGUCUCGAUUCGACCUGCUGCUCUCGCACCUCAAGCCCUGGGAGCUCGAGGAAAUGAGGUGCGUAGACAGGUACGUGUUGCUCACGCACUUCGGCCUCCAUCAGAUGAUUUCCGGUCAUUUCUACGAUGCGGUGCGGCUCGCAUUUUUGGAGGAGCAGUCCUUUCCGCCGGGUGGGGAGCUCGUGUAUCCUACGGCAGAGCUUCUCGGGGCGGGCUGCCCAGUACAAUAUCUCAUGGGCGGGACUGCCUGGAACCACACGAAGACGACGACGUUGCGGAACCUCGGUUCUCUCGGACUUGCAGCCCUAAACCAUGUCUUGAGAUGUCCACUCUUGGACUUCGCGCCACUAUUCCGAGAUAUCUACGAGAGUACUUUAUCUGACCCACUACCGGCCGGUCUAGAACUGGCAGCGGCUGUGUAUCUCGACUCCGACAGGGACCAGGGGCAUGAUGUAGCGAAGCUAUGCUUCAGCUUCACCUCCGAGAGAGUCGACACAUGCAAUAUAGCUUGGUUUGAUAUGGCCAAACACCAGGAGCAUGUGCGGCACCGUAACCAGCCCUGGUUCCGCCACACUAUGCAGACCAGCGGUUGGGUUUUGUGGGAUUCGCGGUCUACGGCGUUGGGUAUACCGAGCGAUUUCCGAGCCUGUAUGAAACUGACAUCCGAUAUACGCCUGUCUAAGGCACGUCUAGAGGCAUUGAGCGACGUCAAGAUAGCCAGAGAGACUUGGGAGAACGUGAUGCGGAAGUACGUAUCGCCAGAUCUUGGCGGUUGGUCGGGUAGCGGCACGAAGCAAUCAGUAGUUGGGCAAGAUGCACUUUAG